AUGGUAGGCAAAGAAGACGUGGUUGUCAAUAGUUACGAGGUGGUGGAAGAAAUUGGCGACAACUGGCCGUCCGGCAAUAUGCUUCAGAGCGUUCUUGCCAAGGAAGGAAUUGAUUUUGUUGAGAUGGAGAAGGAUCCUUUGUAUUGGCAGGUAGCAGCUCGUUGGAGUCUUCUUCGUAUGUAUGGCUUUCCGGAGUUACCCACCGGAGACCAUGCAUAUAAAAAGACCAGCUCGGGUAGAACUCAACUGCAUCUUGGAGAUGCUGAAAUCGACAGUAUUCAAAAUCGUUGGAGCAGUUUGUCGGCAAGCCAAGAUGACCCCAAAAAUGAUUUGCUGGAACUGCUAAAGACCAGCAAGUCCAAUGGCCGGCAGCUACAAUGGUCAGUGAUGGAUUGCGCCCCUGGCUGCCAGUUCAACUUACACGCGCAUCCCAAUUUAGAGUUGGCAUAUUGUGCGAAGGGUGCAUUACACGAAAUUCGUAUGAAAGGAGACCCAAUCACAAAGACUUUCAAAAAGCAUCCAAACAAAAAAUGUCAGCUGAAGGGACCUACUCUCACGGAUCUCGAUCGACCGUGGUACUUCUCGACCCUGUCUGCAGGGGAAUGGCUCGUGAACGAAGUUGGAAGUAUCCACAAAUCCUUCACUGCAACAUCCGGUGAGGGCUGUAUUCUGCUGGUGCUUUGGGGAGGCUCACACGCCAAUAUUCUGGAAGGUGAAGAACCGAGCAGAGUCAAUGUUCAAGACGCUCUAAACAAAAUGGAUGACAAGCUUGGUUCUUGCGAAUGCAG